AUGCAUAAAAGUCAAAUCUAAAAAUUAUAAUCCAUAAAAACUUAAGCCAAGAAAGAAAUAGAAAACCCCAAAAGAAAUUUUUUUAAACUACCUUCCCCAAAGAAUUUUUAAUGGUUCUAAAAUUCAUUGAGACUCAAGUACUAUCAGUGUCCCUACUUAGAAGAUUUAGAUGCCCAAAUCGAAAUGGGUGGCAACAAUACACAUUCUUAAUUGGCCUUCUUACAAACGCUUAUCAAUAAGAGUUAUGAAAAUAAAUUCAAUGAGCCAAGAGAUUCCCCAUAAUUAUGUUAUGCCUCAGAACACAUAUUUAAAAUGCUUCCAUAAUCAAUAAAUAGAUCAAGUAGUCUCUUACUUCGCUCAAGCAGUUAAGGGAAUGUUGCCAAUUCUUCAUAAUCCAAUAAUAAAAUUGCAGAUCCACAAAUUAACAAAAUUAAAUCAUUUUUAGAGAAAACCAAAACCUUUAAGACUACUGUAGACCAAAAAAGUUAGCUCAGACCAAGAAAUUAAAUAUUAAAAUCAAAAGUUUGUCAAAGUAAGUUAAAAUAAAAUUUCGUCAAUUAUAAAAAUUGCGAAGAAAGUAAAAACAAUUUGGAUUCAAUGAGCCAAAUAUCAAAAUAAUAAAUCUCAUUUCUAAUACAUGUAUUUAUAUUUAUUAUAAUCAAGUAUCAUCCAGAGAUAGCAUUGAAUCAAUCUAUAUAUUAGAAUGAAUAUAUACAUAUAAAUUAUUAUUAAAUCACUUUAAAGGCAUAUUUGCAAAAAAAUGCAAAAUUAACUCUAAUAUAAAAGAUUUUCAUAGAAUCUAUUUAGAACACCUGCCAAUAUCAGAACAAGAUUAUAACUUUUACCAUUUGUUCUGAAAAUCAAUUUCCUCUUUAAAAUAUGGUAUAGGUUUUUCAUGUUCCAAAAUUAUUAGCGAAGUGCAAUAUUGUUCAGUUUUAAUAUAAACGAUUUUGGAAUGAAUUUAAUAUGAUAAAUUUUUAUUAAUACUCUUUCUGUUUUUUUCAUCAAUUUUUCUUUAAAUUUGGUUCAAUUUUGCGAUCUUUCUUAAUUUAAAAUCGAUAACAAUUAUUCUUCACUUUAAUUUUUAAAUGUUAAAUCUAUGAGAUCAGAAGAAAAAUAAUUAAAUGA